CACAGCAUUCAGCAGGGUCGGUCCAUGUGCAGCGGAACUGCGAAGAAAAGCAAAUUAAGUUUCUCGAUUCAUUUAUGCUCGAAAUGCUGUUCUAGUAAAUAAUAAGUGAGGACAGGGCGGUGCUUUAAGUUUGGAAAAUGGAAGAAACUAAGGUUGGAAAACGGCUGUACAUCGGAGGCCUGAGCCACAGCAUCUCCCAGAAGGACAUCAGAGACCGGUUCGGCAAGUUCGGAGACGUGUCGCAUGUGGAGGUCAUCACAAGACACGAUGAGACCGGAACUCCUCUGAAGACAUUUGGGUAUAUCAACAUAAACAUUUCUGACUCAAGUCUGAAGAAAUGUAUGACAGUAUUAAAUAAGUCCAAAUGGAAAGGUGGAACACUGCAAAUUGAAAUGGCAAAGGAAAGCUUUUUGCAUAGACUUGCGCAGGAGCGCCAGCAAGUGGCUGAGAAUGCUCAAGGCCAGAGCAGCAAGCAUCAGUCUCUGGUGGACUCGUUCAAGAAAGCAGGAGUUGAAAACUUCCACAUGAAAGCAGCAGUUCCAGGGACAGAGAUUCCGGGCCACAAGAAUUGGGUUGUGAGCAAAUUUGGUCGAGUUCUUCCAGUCCUACAUCUCAAAGCACAACACAAGCACAAGAUUUUUAAGUAUGAUCCUUCAAAGCACAGCCACAACAUCAAGAAGCUGGACUCUGAAGUUAGUGUUCCAACCCCAGUGUCUGAACUUACAUGGGAAUUACAAGGAGGUGAUGAUGAAAUGAGCAAGAAAAGAAGAGGAGAGUUCCCACCUCAGACAUGGACCCCUGCAAAGAUGAAGAGGAGUUCAGUGGGUGAAACGGUUGUGGCCUCUGGUUCUCAGACUGUACACUGUGGACGUAAGGGAUGCCAUGACACUCCAGAGAGGAACAGGAUGCCUUCACAAGUGAACUGUAAUGGAAGUGUUCAGGGGUUACAAGCCAGAAAUCAACAGAAUGGAUCUGCGGUGGGCAAAAAGCAGGACCUAGCCCUGAGAAAGCAACACAGGCCUUUGCAUGUGUUUAACGGGGACACCGAUUCCGAGGAUGAAAUAAGGAUGCUGGUGGAGGCAGAGAAUGCUUGCAGUGUAGCGAUGGCUGAAGCUGAUGAAGAUAACCUGGAGGUGGUUGGAGAAGACUAUGUAGCAACCUCAAAUGUCCUCUGGGCUCUGAGGGUCAAGGAUGAGGAGAGAUCAGCUGCAAGGUGUUCCGACAGGGUGGAUGAAGAUCGGGACUAUGACUCGGCAGACACAGAUGAAAUCGUCACCCGAGGUAAACGUUCUGACAACGCUGCAGAGGAGAAACAAGUUAAAAAGUUAAACACUCUAAAUGAGGAUUGUUUAAAGGGUCUUUUGCUGCCUUCAGAGAACACUGAAUCACCCCCUCGUGAAAUAAAGCAUCGACGUGAUGUCAGUGACUCAGAAUCCAUUUCAAGUGACGAGGAAUCGGAAGGUGAUGAGGAUUACGAAGCCAUGAUGGCCAGCUGCUACCGACUAGAUCUGUCUCUAACGGACUUGGAGAAACUGGCCAAGAAGCCUUCAGAAAGUUCCGAGGAGGAAAGCGCAGAGUGCCAAGAGUCUGAUUCUCACGCUAGAUCUGCUCCUUGUCCCAGAGCAGGGACAUCGCUGAAGUCUGCAAAGAAGGGCAACAGUCCGGAUGAUAUUCUGGCUGCCAUUCUGGCCGAAAGCAGCAGCGACGAGGAGAGUAAUAAGAAUAGAAUGGUGAAGAAAAAUAAUAAAAAAUUGCACCAUAGCCUUCCUGCCUUCAUGGGGACAAAAUCUCUCAUGGAGGAAACGAACAAGGCUGAAUCAGGUCUCGGUCAGAAGGUGGAGACAGAUGAGGAUUUUGGAAAAAGAGGGUCGGUUAUAACAGCAACACUGGAGCCCCCAAGCCCAGUGGAGACCAUUCCAAGGCACUCGCAGAGAAAAGCAGCACCUCUGCAGACUCCUGCCUCUAAAGACAGCAUGCUGAAGCAGAGCAACGGAGGCCCUGUUUCACUGACGUCCGCUGACCCGGAAAGGAAGAAACUGAACUUUAACACAAGCACCUUUGAGGAUGAUGAAAGUCAGCAGGCAGACAGACCCAACACGGUGCCCAAAUGUUCAGGACAAAAGGGUGGCGUCGAUGUCAGUCAUGGGUCUUACCCUAGCAGCCUUGAAACGGCAAAGGGAUCGAACAGCGUAGAUGGGGUCGGAGAGAAGAAAGCUGCCCCGAAGCUGUCUGUGCCCCAUUGCGAGCUGGUGAGGAAGCCUACCUCGGGCUCAGAGAAUGCUCAGAAAAGGCAGGAGGACAACCAAAAGCGCCUGGCAGCCCUGCAGCUGAGACAGAAAGAGGCUGAGGAGCAGAAGAAGCUCAUCCAGGGAGCUCUGUUGCACCUGAAUACCCCUACAGCGAGCAAAGGCAAACACAUUGUGUUUGAGUCAGACACUGACAGCGAGGCGGAGCAGACGAGUGCAGGACAGACCUCCACAGAUACCUGCAUGCCUCAAAAGACCCUGUUCGAAGAGCCCCCCGGUGAAAAAGAGCAAGGAAGAGUCUUCAGCGUAAAGGAGUUUCAAAAACAGGCCAGCAGCAAACUGUUUCUCAGCAGUGAGGAGGAGGAAGAUGAAGAAGAUGGCGAGAGGUUCCAGAUCAAGCCGCAGUUCGAGGGCAAAGCUGGACAGAAGCUCAUGGAGUUGCAGUCAAGAUUUGGGACUGACGAGAGGUUUCGCAUGGAUUCCAGGUUUCUGGAGAGCGAUGAAAAGGAGGCUGCUGAAGAGGGGAAGUCUGCUUUUGAUAGCUUGGGGUUGCAGCUGGAAGAUGAAAAGAAGAAGAACAUGGAGAUCCUGCAGAGUCUGCUGCAUGUCAACAUUAAGGCUGCAGAGACCAGCAGAGAAGCUGCGAAGGGCAAGACCUUCAGGGAUAUUUCUGCCUUGCACUAUGAUCCCACUAGAGAAGAACAUGCAGCCUUUGAGUCAAAGAGCGAGGAGCCGAAGAAGGAAAGCAAAGCAGAGAGGCGCAAGAAACGCAUGGUGGCCGAGAAGAUCCCGGAGGUAUCCAAGGAUAUCUUCUACAGCGUAGCUGUGGACCUGAAAGAGACAUUUGGGCCCGUGAAGGACAACACCAAGCAGAAGGAGGCUGUGGCGUGGGACCAGGAGAACGGCCUAGACGAUCAGAGUGGAGAAGACCGUCCCACGACCCUGGAGUUGGCAGAGCCCAAGGAUAACCAAGAAUCCACGGAAUUCAAGUUCUCCUUCUUUGAGGAUGAUCUAGCAGAGGAUGGCCCAAUGAAAGAUAACUACAAGGUAGAGACUCUGCAGCGGGCAAAGGUGUCAUGGCAUGUGGACCCCCGAUUUCAGGACAGCAGCUCUGAGGAUGAGGAUGAGCAGAAUGAGGAGGAAGCCGAAGAUCAGCCUGUUCCAAUAGAUGUUGAUGAGGGGCCUACGAAGGCAAAGAAAGCAUUUUUCUUUUUCUUCGAAGAUGACGAAAGGUUAAAAGAAGGUCCCCGAAUGUUCUGCAGGAAAGAGAACCUUGAAGACCAGCGAGAACAGUGGCAGGAGAAACGAGUGUCAUUAAUCGAAGAUUACAGGAUGAAACACAAGAGUGCAAGACGGAGAGCGAAGACUUCCCUGAAAACCUAGUGGACUUUUAUGGACAAUUCUCAGGCAGACCUCAGAUUCUCACCAUAAGAGACUUUAUUUAAAUGGUCAUUGAUCCAGUAAACCCGUCUGAAAUGUUUGAUUCCUGGAACGAUUUCAGGCUGUGUUUACAAUUUUUAAAUUUUCAAAAGAAAACUAUUGCUAUACUUUCCCUCAGUAACGAAAUGAGAAGAAGCUUAACCAUUUUCCACCAGCAGAGUGUGUCGGGAUUCUGUGGACAAAAAGCUGCCUGCAGAGCCCUGCUUCGCUGCAUCUUUAUACAUCGGUGUACAACUGUAAAUACCUUUUUCAGCGCUAAUAAAUGUGGUGCCACAUUGUUUAUGUUGGAGAAAAGCAUCUGUUAAAUGAAUAAAUGUAAAUGUCAGCGGCAGUGUUUGGAAGAUGAGAAUAGCCUCUUUCAAAGUUAUUUCAAAAGGUAAGUUCAUCAUUAACUUUUUUUACAUCACUGCUAUUUGUGGGGAAAAGGAUCACUGUACAAAGUAUGCAGUGACCUGGUGAUUGCUUGACAGUGGACUGUAGUAAAUAUUUUGUUUGUAUGAAGAGAUCAUUGUGACAAGGGUGCAGGAAGUUCCUGUGUGCGGCGGCAGCACGGGGUGCGUUGAGCAGGAAGCUGGUGAGAGGCGCACGAUCGAUUAGCGGCCUCAAAUGCCGUCAUGCCACAUACACAGCGAGCCUGUGCCGCAUGUGGUAAUUACACUGCGCGAAAUUUUUAUCAUUGCUCCUUACCACAGUAUACUGCUCAGUCUGCAUGUGACUUCAUUUCUGAGGCCAUAUUGUUUCCUGUUAGUUGAGAAAAAAAUAUGUCC